AUGAGGGCGGACGUCAUUGACGCUUGUUUCUUUGAAGCCUCUGUGGUGACUCCGUCUUGUGACCCUCACCUCACUUUGUCUGAAAAUCGAAUCAAGGCUACUGCGGAAUUUUUCCAGUCAGCGUGCAAAGCUGGACCGUGGGUGAAUGAUCCUGUCUUAGAUAACCAACUGAACAGACUAUGUGUGGUUGAUGGCAAAGGACAUUUUAAAAGAUCUCAAAGAUAUUGCCCCCAGCUGGAUAUGGCAGUUGAUAGUAAAGUAGAUUGUAUUGUAGCACCAGAUAGAUCGGACUGUUUACGAAAAAUACUGAAAGGAAAGGCAGAUUUUUCCGUAUUUGCACCAGAAGAUCUUAUAACUGCAUCCAGUGAAGGAGUGCAGUUAUUGGUGACAAAUGAACUAAGAUACAUCAACGAGGAACAUGAAUACGAGGUGGUUGCUGUCAUUGACAAUAAUUCGGAAAUAAAAAGCAGACAUGAUCUUGGAGGAAAAAAAUUUUGCCAUCCAGGUUAUGGUUACGAGACUGAUUGGACACGAAUUCUUUCAAAUUUCUUUGAAGCCUCUGUGGUGACACCGUCUUGUGACCCUCACCUCACUUUGUCUGAAAAUCGAAUCAAGGCUACUGCGGAAUUUUUCCAGUCAGCGUGCAAAGCUGGACCGUGGGUGAAUGAUCCUGUCUUAGAUAACCAACUGAAGGAAAAAUAUCCACAACUCUGCGAACUUUGCGGAUCUCCCGGAAGAUGUACUACUCACGAUAAGUACUGGGGAAGACGAGGAUCACUUCUCUGUUUGACUGAUGGUGCUGGAGAUAUUAGCUGGGCACGACUAGAUGACGUCAAAUCGCACUUUGGAUUAGUUGCAGGAAGCGCCGAAGCAACUCCGGAAAGAUAUAGCUUUUUGUGCCCCGAUGACUCCAUAAUUCCAGUUAAUAGUAGCAAACCUUGUGUUUGGGUGGUGAAACCAUGGCCUGUUGUAGCUGCAAAAAGAGAAAAGGCAGAUGAGAUUCAGAAGCUGGUAUCAUCGCUAUCACAUAAGGAUCAAAACACCUGGAAGUUCAGUUUAUUAAACCUCAUCGAGACAUCUUAUACAAAUUUCUUCAAGUUGCCAACACUGGAACCGAUUGAAAGCUAUCUGGAUCGGGCUACAGGUUACCUCAGUGCAAACAGUUUCUCAGGAUGCCAUCCACCGAGAACAAUCAGAAUUUGCACAACAUCCAUAAUCGAAAAUGCGAAAUGUUCAUGGAUGCGAGAGUCUGCGGGAGUAUAUGGAGUGGAACCAGAUUUGGAGUGUAUCAAGGCUGAUAACACAACUCAUUGUAUGAUGGCUAUCAAUAUGAACGCCGCAGAUGUUGUGAUGGUUCCUCCUGAUAUGGUCCAUGAAGCAGUCGAAAAAUACAAUUUGAAAACCCUCUUCUACGAAACGGUACUCGAAUCGGAGAAAUACCUCACUGUUGCUGUCACUCGUCAAGGUGCGAACAUCAACAGCUUCGAAGAUUUUCGUGGAAAAAAAGCCUGCUUCCCAGUGUACGACGGUGUAGCAUGGAAUACCGUUAAAAACACACUCUUCUCUAAGAAGUUGAUCAAAUUCUGUCCACUAGACCAAGAAAUGGCCAGCUUUUUUGGGCCGAGUUGUACACCCGGCCUACCGGAAAAGGAGGGCGGAAAUCUGAAGAAACUCUGUCAGCAAGAAGACUUCAACGGCGAGUUUGGAGCUCUCCAUUGUUUGUCUAGUGAAGCUGGGGAUGUGGCGUUUGUAUCUAAGAACUCCAUUAGGAAGUUCACAUCAGAUGAAUCCGAAGGAAACCCUGGAAACCGUCUUUCCAUGGAUGAUUUCCAGAUUCUCUGCGAAGGUAAUUCCAAAAACUGUCAUCUGAGCUGGGCAUCAGCUGCUCAGGCCAUGAUACGUAGUAAUUCCAGUGACCUCUGGAUGAAAGAUUCCCUGGAUGUUUUCUUGCAACUGGAUGGAUUAUUUGGAAAAAAUUUCAAGUUUCUCACCAACCCAUUUACAAUGUUUGGCCAGUACGAUGGAAAAUCAAAUUUACUGUUUCAAGAUUCCACGCAAAGAUUACGCAACCGACCAAAUGCCAGAGAUACAGAUACUAUGCCAUAUUUUUAUAAUUUCACACUGAAAACUGAUGAUUAUUGUACUAUAAGAUCGUCGAGUUCUAAUUUGUCACCAACAUAUCUAUACAUAUUUAUAGCGUUUAUAUAUUUGUCCAAGUUGGUGCAUAUUGGAAUAUAAUACAACAAUCCUAUACAACGAUAAGCACUGAGAAAUACUGUGAUAUAAAAUAAUAUACUCUGUAUAAAGAUUGAAACUGUU